AUGGGAUUGGGGGAGGGGGAGGGGCAUCCGGAACCUACAGCUCACCAUGCGAAAUAUAGCUUAACGCCGGUUUUUUGCCGAGGUGUGGUAUUUCCCGGUUCGAGCGGCCCAAUCGAGCUGAACAACCACGUGUGGUCGUACAGCUUGCUCUACCACUUUAAGAUAGCGCAGGCGGUGUGGCGCCGAGCACGGCCCGUGCCGCACGCGCUACGCCCAGCUGUUGAUGCUGAGCUACAGCGGCUUCAGCAUGAAGGCAUUAUAUCACCAGUAGAAUGGAGCGAAUGGGGUACGCUUGUCGUUCCCGUAGUAAAACAAAAUGGACAAGUGCGAUUAUGCGGAGAUUUUAAAACUACCUUGAACCCGGUUCUCAUGGACGAUAAAUAUUCUAUCCCCAGGAUCGAGAGUAUAUUUUCUGCAUUACAGGGGGGAGAAAUAUUCGCAAAAAUUGAUUUUUCUAAUGCGUAUCUACAAAUCUUGUUAGAUAAAUUCUCAAAAAGGUUGUGCACGAUAGUGACACAACAGGGUAUAUUUUGUUUUAAUAGACUACCGUUCGGUAUUAAGUGCACUCCAAAUAAAUUUCAAAGAUUGAUGACCUAA